AUGGGACGACAACGCAAGCAGAAGAAUUUUCAAGUCGAUGAAUACGAAUCGCCAGACGAGAAACUUGCCAAAGAGGCAUUGAAAGGAGACGUACAUACAGACUAUCUAGGGAAAAAACAGCAAACAGUUCGUCUUUCUCUGCCUGUUGGAGUUGAUCCCAAACCUUUCCCUCCAUUGAUGUCCAACGACUCCCCAACACCAACCCUUGAUUGGGUGUUGCAAAAUGAAACUCCAUUUCGUGUGUUUGAUGGUGAUAUUGAAAUACAAGAAAUGGAGGAUUGGAUUGCUGGGGCGGAGCUCUGCUAUCAUUGGACCGGUACAUACUUCAGAAAAAUAUCUUCAAAAUCACUGGGUCUCCGCAUCCAACUUGGCCAUGCCGACGGUAUUUGCGAGGUCCCCAUCCCUGCGUUCAAUGAUAGCUUUGUCAUAAUAUCAGUGAAUGGGAUCCACGAAGUGGCUCUGGACUACUGUGGAUGUACUAUGGCACAAUCUAGACCCACUCAACUGCUCCGUUCACGUCUAUUCCCCUCUACAGUCAGCGACCCUAAAACUGCUGCGACCUUUGAAGUUCUCGAAUACUUUCAGUUGCUUUCAUUCAAUACAAAGUCUUCUGGUUUUGAAUUUUAUCAAACUUUAUCAAGGUUGACGGAUAACACGGGAACAAAACCACCUCCAAAUGGAGACAUGUUAGGUUGCUUAAGCGCAUGGGGCGCGGCCAUGCAGAAUCGGGCGUUGAAGGGACAAAAGAGGGAGAAUGUGCUGUUUUGUGCCCCGCGUGCCCUCAUCCGGGUAUCAAUAUUCCGGAAAACUGGCAAGAGCGCCCAGAAUCUGAGCAAUGCAAAUUUUCGACUCAAGAGAAUGAAUGUAUCAAAUGACGAUCGAGAUCCCCCUUUAAACCAUGGCUAUGCUUACAUGGUUGAAAGUAGGAAGUUCAGAGAAUACUUGGACACUUACGACUCAAAAAUUCCCGAUGAGAAAAGUAAUUGCAAUAAUCAUGACGCUAUCAAAUCUGCAAGCAUUCGAGGUGGAAAAGGAACAGCCGCCAGUGGGUUAGGCACUAUUGAAUGCAGUCGACACGAUAUGAAGCGUCCAGUAUCCGUUGGAGACCUUCAAAAGGGCGAAAGACAUUGUUGUCAAACCUCUUUCUCAUUCAAUUUCACUCCUGGAGUUGGGCGCACUGAUGGCGAGUCUCCUGAACGUGGUUGGUCAUCAGCAAAUGGAAUUGCCAGUAGCACAAAGGAAAUGGGGCCAGGAUCUCGGAACGAUACCCUGGAUGACCAUUUCGGGGAUUAUAACUGGCGCAAAAUCAUUGGAAUGGCCAACACAUUUGUACGCAAGGCCAAAGAGGCCAUUACCGCUCGGGAGGAGCACGUAGAGGCUUUCAUUGAAUUUGAUGCUGCCUUACCGGUAGAAGUCACUACGGAGUGGACACGGCUAUGUCAAGCAUGGGAAAAGGAUUCUAGCCAAAUAAACCCAUAUGUCAUUCCAAAAGGAAAGGGAAAAGGCGCCACUGUAACUGAAAGGGAUGUGCGACUAAAGCUUGCCGCUGAGGAUGCAGCCUCCCUGGCUAGGGGAGACGCCAUACAAGUGCACGAUGAUAUUAGUCCAAGCCUUCUUAUAUAUCAGGGACUCCAAUUUGAGGAACUUCAGCACCGUAUUACACAUGAUAGCUCCAAACUCGGACUUCACGCUACCAGUUUACAACAGUCAAGGAUAUUGGAACGGUCCAACUCCCUCCGACGUCGCAUAGAUGCCUGGAUAUCCAUCCAGCAUUUAUACAUGCCUGUCGUAGCUUCGAUCCGCUCGCGUGAUGAUGCGGGAGCUACAGAACCAGUUGCUGUGCAGGAUAUAAAGCUUUUCCUCCCCUCAUUCAACACUGUUACUCUCCAAUGUUCACACUUGUUGCUAAAAUGCGAGUGGGAGUAUCGAAAUGCACAAGCCGAAGAAACUCUAACAUCACUCCGGGCACUUCUGUUGCUGCGGUCGCAUAUGUACAAGUCAAAACACCAACAUUCUCGUGGCCAACGCAUGCAAACUCGAAGUCAAAAGCUACUAUCAGAUGUCCAAGAUAAAAUUAAUUAUUUGGUGAAGACAUAUAGGAGGAUACAUACAGCAUUAGAAAACCUGUCUCCAAGUCUCAUUGAAACCUCGUGGCGCACUGUGUAUCGCCCUCUUCUUGACGAAGACGUGGCUGGUCUGACAUCAUUGGACGAUUCUGGUAGCGAAGGCAGGAAGCAAUUGUCAUGGAUUUGGAAAGUCCAAGGAACUGGCGCUGACGCCGAUGCAUGCACCCAAGCAGAGUGGUGUAAGUCGCGUGCGAGGGCUCAUCGUUGGCAAGAGGAGUGCAUUUUGCUUGCUGAAGAAAUGCGCCGGGUUAUAGGCUAUUUUGAAUGGAAGAAAAAUCAGUGGAAAAAUUGCGUGGCAGCAGUCCAAGCACAGUACAGUGCCGAUUCAGAGUCCGUAAUACCAAUGCAGCAGGAACUUUGCAACGGAAAAGUUGCUUACGCACAUCGACAACAAGCAAUUUGUGGAGAUAUCAUGCUACGUUGCCAGAAUGAAUGGCAGGGUCUUUCACACUUGCUAACACAUAUGGAAGGGCGGAAUGCAUGGGUUAUGGUAGAAUGUCAUUAA